UUUCCUUUCAAUUUGUUCAGUCAACAUGGAUAUGGAUAUCUAAGUGGCCCUUUGUGGCGUGAUUCGCUCCAUAGCAACGUUGCUUAGCUGUAUAUAAGAUGCGUUAAUGUGGCCUUUGGGACUCACAACAGCGAAGGUCAUAAGAAUCAGCGUUUAUAUGCAUGCAGGGAUUAAAGAGAUCAAGACGACGUUAACUAACAACAUCAUGACAAAACAACGGUUAGAGAGGAGUAUUUCUGUUAUUAAAAGAAUCGCAGUGAUGGGAGCAGCAAACACCGGCAAAAGUAGCCUUAUCUCAAGAUUUUUAGGACAGCCUUUUGAAGAAAUAUACUCGCCAACCGUCGAGGACCAUCAUAUCGGGAAUUUCUAUUGUGGGGAAACGUUAUACCAUAUGGAAAUAACUGACACUUCGGGAAGCUUCGAGUUCCCAGCCAUGGAGCGACUGACAAUGGAAAAGGCCGGCGCUUUCAUAUUCGUCUACUCGCUGGAAGAUGAACUGAGUUUUGAAAAGGUUAAAAUGUGUUUAAAAAGACUAAAGGAGGUGAAAGAUAUUAGCACAGUUCCGAUAAUCGUUGUAUGUAAUAAAGCAGAUUUAGCUAAUAUUGAUGCGCUUUGGAGUAUGCAAAUGCAGUUGGACAAUGGCAAAGUUCCUGAACAAUGUUUUGUGAAUCUCAGUGAUACUUGUUCGACGCGAAAAACUGUCACAAAAGAGGAGAUUCUCUGCAAGCAACUUGUACAAGUUCGUGAACUCGGCUGUGAGUUUCUGCUCACGUCGGCCAAAUUUCGUUGGAAUGUGAACAGGAUUUUUCAACAGUUAUUCUCAGAACGCACACGAGCCCGGGAUGAGAAAAGCAAGAAGACGACUGGCUCUCCUAAGACGCCGACGUUCAAAUUCAAAAUCAAACGGAGGAAAGAUUAUUCCCGAGCGCAGACUAUCUAAAAUGAAAGGAACUGUAUGUAGAUGGAUGGGGAUUUGUGGGGAUUUGUGAGAACGAUUGUAUCCAUGUGAUGUCCGCAAGUUGCCCAAAAAAGCUGACAGAAACAUCUAUCAUAUGAAUCAUGAGUUACGAAGAAGGGAUUUUUCAAGUCAUAAUAAAUGACUGAUAUAGCAAUAUUUUUCAUCUGAGACCCUGCGUCAGUUGUUGCAUAAUAAGACCCUUUCUUUGAUUUAUAUCUGCGAUGACGUAAUUGAUACAUCCGCAGAAAAAAAAUAACAGAAAUUCCAAAAUUUUUUAUUGCGUAAGGUGAACUCAGUUUCGCAAGGAUUUGUUACUUACGCAAAGGAAAAGAUAAACUACUAAAAAAAUUGUCUGCUAGAAUUAGAUCUUAAAUCUUAAUGGUAUAUUUAUAAUCCUCUUUAAAGUAUAGAAUAUUAUAUUAUAUUUAUUAUACGUAUGUACCAUACAACUUUUCAAUCUUUGUGAUUACGGUAUAUCUCAGCAUUAUAAAGACAAAAGUAUUACCAAAGCGUUCAGAUAACUAUAUUGUUUAAAGUAUAGUAUAUUUAUAGUUUGGUUAUCUAUUUUCAUUUACCACGCAUUUGUGUA